AUGGGGACCGUCCGUGCGCAGGGGGACAGGAGGUGCUGGGCUGGGGCCGUGCUGGUGGCCCUGGUGGCCCUGGGAGCCCACGGGGCUCGUGGCCAGGAGACCACAGGGUAUUUCCAGGAGAUCCGGAGGUCCGAGUGCCACUACCUCAACGGCAGCCAGCGCGUGAAGCUGCUCGAGAGAUACCUCUACAACGGGCGGCCCUUCCUGCACUUCGACAGCGACGUGGGGCGCUACGCGGCUGACAGCCCCCUGGGCGAGCCGGACGCCGAGUACCUCAACGGGCAGGUCGAGCUGCUCCAGAAGAGACGGGCCGAGGUGGACGCCGUGUGCCGGCACAACGCCCGCGUUUGGGGCCCUUACACCACGCGGAGGAGAGUUCAGCCCGAGGUGGAAAUUUACCCCGUGCAGUCAGGGUCGCUGCCCCAAACGGACAGGCUGGUUUGCGCCGUCAUGGAUUUCUACCCGCCGGAGAUCGAGGUGAAGUGGUUCAAGAACGGGCGGGAGGAGACGGAGCGCGUGGUGGCCACGGAGGUGAUGCGGACCGCGGCCUGGCCCUACGAAGUGUUCCUCGCGCUGGGUCCUGUCCCGCUCCUGCGGCUUCAUAAAAUGAAGCACCGAGACCCCAAUGCUGCCCCCCAGCACCGAGACCUCAACCCCCGAGUCCUCAACUCGGCCCCCCAAGUGCUCAGGCCUCAACCGUGGCCCUGGGUUCUGUUCGGGGAGGUUUGGGCACCCCCGGAUGCACUAAGAGGCAUCACCCGCUCCGUCCUCGAGGGCCAAGAGAUGGGCCCAGGGUCAAGGAAGGACCAUGGGGCGCUGCCCUCGUGUCCCCAAAGAGGGAGCAAUAGCCCCAAGGCCAAGGCCCAGAGCCCUUCUUGUCCCCUUAGGGCCAGCGGGUGA